UCUUCUUUCUUUGUCUAUGAUUCAGAAAGUGAGGUUAGUCACCGGGUUUUUGAUUCUUGUUUUCGUUAAAAGAUUUUUAAAUAAUUUUAGUUGAUAUAUUACCGCAUUUUACCUUUUAGAAAAGAUGGAAAUUUCAGACGAAAAUCUACGCACCUUGGGCAAAUACUUAUUUGAAACAUUAAAUGCCGAUGUUACCGUCCGUAGAACAGCGGAAAAAUUUCUAGAAGGUGUCGAAGUUAAUCAAAAUUAUCCUCUUUUAUUGCUUCAUCUUGUUCAUCAACCAGAAACAGAUAUGCUGAUCAGAACAGCCGGUGCCAUAGCUUUUAAAAAUUAUAUCAAGCGAAAUUGGACUGUUGUUGAAGAUCAGGCAGAUCGUAUUCACGAAUCUGAUAGAACUUCGAUAAAGAAUCUAAUAGUAACUAUUAUGCUUACGGCCCCUGAUAAUAUACAAAAGCAAUUGAGUGAUGCUAUAAGUAUAAUUGGGAAGACUGAUUUUCCUACAAAAUGGCCACAAUUGAUAACAGAAAUGGUUGAAAAAUUUGCUAUAGGUGAUUUUAAGAUAAUAAAUGGGAUAUUACGUACGGCACAUUCCUUAUUUAAAAAAUAUAGGUAUGAAUUUAAAUCAAACGAGCUAUGGACUGAGAUAAAAUACGUCUUGGAAAAAUUAGCAAAACCUCUAACCGAUCUUCUUGUGGCAACAGCAGGUGUUAUUUCUGCAAAUGCAUCUGAUAUUGUAGCAUCACAAUUAAUUUUCAGCUCGCUAGUGUUAAUAGCCAAAAUCUUUUAUUCUUUGAAUUUCCAAGACCUUCCAGAGUUCUUUGAGGAUAACAUGGAAGUUUGGAUGAAUCAUUUCCAUGCUUUACUGAAUAUUGAACAGGAUACUUUGGAAACACCCGGAAUAGAUGAACCAGGUGUUUUGCAAAUGCUUAAAUCCCAAAUUUGCGAUAAUGUGGCACUUUAUGCUCAGAAAUAUGAUGAAGAAUUUCAAAAAUAUUUACCACAGUUUGUUGAAGAUGUUUGGAGUUUGUUGAGCAAGACUGGAUUGCAACCAAAAUAUGAUUUGCUGGUUUCCAAUGCAUUGCAAUUCUUAUCAACAGUAGCAGAAAGAACUCAUUAUAGGAACUUAUUUGAAAAUCCUAGUGUUCUAAGCAGUUUAUGUGAGAAGGUUGUUAUUCCUAACAUGGAAUUUAGGGUGACGGACGAAGAACUUUUCGAAGACAACCCGGAAGAAUACACGAGAAGAGACAUCGAAGGUUCCGACGUGGACACGCGCAGGCGCGCCGCUUGCGAUCUUCUCAACACCCUAAGCAUCCAGUUCGAGCCGAAAAUCAUGGAGAUCUGCGGGCAGUACCUCCAGGUGAUGUUAUCCAAGUACGUGGAGAAUCCGAAAACCAACUGGCGCAACAAGGACACGGCCUUGUACUUGGUCAUAUCGCUGGUCAGUAGGGGAUCGACGCAGAAACACGGCGUCACUCAGACGAGUCAGCUGGUGAACAUCAGCCAGUUUUGUCAGCAGCAGAUAUUGCCAGAGCUGGAGAGGCCUGAUGUGAAUGAAUUACCAGUACUUAAGGCUGACGCCAUCAAGUACAUAAUGACGUUUAGGUCAGUAUUACCGAACGAGGUUGUGGUUUCCACCCUGCCUCAACUCAUCAGACACUUGCAGAGCGAAAGCGCAGUCGUUCAUACGUACGCGGCUUGCGCCAUUGAGAAAAUACUAAUUAUGAAAGACAGCAACAAUCAAGCUAUAGUUUCAGGAGGUCAUAUUCAACCGUUUGCCAAGGAUUUGAUCAGUCAAUUAUUGGAGGUGUUGGAGAGACCUGUAUCAGAGGAAAAUGAAUAUAUUAUGAAAGCUUUAAUGAGGACAUUUUCGACUCUACAAGAAUUGGUUAUACCUUACUUGGGUGUGGCAUUGCCGAAACUUACUGAAAUACUUAAGGCUGUUACAAAGAACCCAUCUCGGCCACAUUUCAAUCAUUACUUGUUUGAAACGUUCUCCCUUUCUGUCAGAAUUGUAUGCAAAUCUAAUCAAGCUGCUGUAAAAUCGUUUGAGGACAUUUUGUUUCCGAUUUUCCAAGGAAUCUUGCAACAAGAUGUACAAGAGUUCAUCCCCUACGUCUUCCAAGUAUUAUCACUGCUAUUGGAUUACACCCCUUCAGGAUCGUUAUCUGAUGCAUACAUGCAACUUUUACCAUGUUUGUUGGCCCCUGUACUUUGGGAACGACCUGCUAACAUCAGCCCCUUAGUACGAUUGUUGAGAAGCUUAGUAAGCCAAGCGGCCCAACAGAUUAUUGCUCAGGAUAAGUUGCCUGGCUUUUUGGGCGUGUUUCAAAAACUGAUAGCUUCAAAGACCAAUGACCAUGAAGGAUUUUACUUAAUGCAGGCACUUAUUUUACAUUGUCCUAAGGAAUGUUUGCAACCAUACUUGAAACAAAUAUUUUUCCUUCUAUUCCAAAGGCUGUCGUCCAGUAAAACCACGAAAUAUGUGAUAAAUGUAAUCGUUUUCUUCUCGUUAUUUAUUAUCAAAUACUCGGCAAGUGAUUUAAUCACCAUGAUCGAUGGAAUCCAAGAUCAAAUGUUUGGUAUGGUUUUGGAAAAACUGUUCAUCGCAGAGACACAAAAAGUUACUGGUCAAAUUGAAAGAAAAAUUGUUUCUUGCGGAAUAACAAAACUGUUGUGUGAAAGUCCCGAGAUGUACACAGGAAAAUAUGCAAAAUAUUGGAAUCAGCUUUUACAGGCACUUUUGAUGUUCUUUGAACUACCUCCAGAUGAAAGCACCUUCCCGGACGAUCAUUUUAUCGAAGUAGACGACACACCCACUUAUCAAACGUCAAAUGCCAAGCUAAAUUUCGCAAACGCCGACAAAGAAGAUCCCGUAGCUGGUUUAGGAGAACCAAGACAAUUCUUAGUCCAAAGUCUAGCAACGCUAGGUGCGUCACAACCAGGUCGUUUGCCCACUCUCAUCAGUAACACAGCUCCACAAUCGCAAACUGUUCUACAGACAUAUUUGGCAAAAUUCGGCGUCCAGCUCGUUUAAUAUAUCCUUUUACUCUGUUUUUAUCUUUAUCUCUAUUAAAUAUUAGCGUACCGAUUUUUAUUUUAUACGUAUGCAAAGUUGUAGUCCAAAUGUAUGCUGUAGGUUGGUAUACAUUGCCAGUCUGUGAGACUCAGUGUUGUAAUUAAUAUUAUAUAUGUUUUUUUGUACUCCAUAUAAUUAUUAUUUAGAUGAGAUGUUGCAUUUAUUAUGGACUGCAGCUUUAGGAUUGAUAAGCGAUUAACGAAAUCUCGGAUGUUAUUUAGUAAUAAUAUUUAUGCCCUAUUUUUUAAUAAUAAAGGAAGCUAA